AUGACCGAAAAAAAUCAAACAGCUGUGACUGAAUUCUUGCUUCUUGGAUUCCAAAGGUUGGGCUCUUUUAAAGUGAUCUUUUUUCUUCUAAUACUUAUUGUAUAUGUUAUGACAAUAACUCUAAACAUUAUGAUCAUAAUACUGGUAUCUACCAGACAACAACUGCACCCUCCUAUGUAUUUCUUUCUCAAACAACUGUCAGCCAUGGAAAUUAUUCUGGUUACUAUAAUUGUCCCCAACAUGCUACAUGUUAUUUGGUUAGAUGGAGCCCUGAUUUCUGUUAAAGGCUGUAUCACUCAAAGUUACCUAUUUUUUUCUGUAGGAAGCACAGGGUGCUACCUCCUUACAGUAAUGUCCUAUGAUCGCUAUGUAGCCAUUUGCAGUCCUCUACUUUAUAACACCAUCAUGGACCUUACACUUCAGCAUCUUCUGGUUAUUUGUUGCUGGAUGCUAGGUUUUCUUCUAAACAUAAUUAAACUUGUUUUUCUGUGUAAUGUUCAGUUCUGUGAACUCAAUGUCAUUGAUCAUUUCUUCUGUGAUCUUUCACCUAUUUUAGAGCUUGCAUGUUCUGAUACUUUUGGCUUUAAAAUUGAAAUAUUGGUCCUUGCCAUCCCUGUAAUUAUAGUGCCUUUUAUUUUAAUUACAAUAAGCUACAUUUGUAUUUUCAUAACUAUCUUUGGCAUUUCCACUUCCAUCAAGAGAAAGAAAGCAUUCUCCACCUGUAGUUCCCAUCUGACUGUUGUGUGUAUUUUUUUUGGGACAUUGAUAGCCGCUUACUUGGUUCCGAAUAAGAUAAAUGCUUUGACUGUAAAUAAAAUUAUUGCACUGAUGUACACGGUGAUUACUCCACUGUUCAAUCCAAUAAUAUACAGCCUUCGUAGUCAGGAGAUGAGAAUUGCCGUUGGAAAAACCAUUGGGUGUACCAGAAAUUAA